CCAUCACUUCACCCCGAACUCCGACUCUAAGCCGAUGUCAUGGCCUCCUCCACCUCCCAUGCCCUCCUCCUCCUCCUCCUUCUCUUCGCCUCCCCCGUCGCCGCCAACGAGGAGAAUUCCGGCGUCAAGCAGUGCGGCCCCGCGUCCCACAGCGGCACUUGCGAGAACAAGCCCGAGGCCACGCGUUUAAAGCUCAUCGCCAUCGCCAGCAUCCUCGUCACCAGCUUGAUCGGCGUCUGCCUCCCCCUCGUCUCCCGGUCGGUCUCCGUCUUCCGUCCCGACAGCAGCCCCUUCGUGCUCGUCAAGGCCUUCGCGUCGGGGGUGAUUCUCGCCACCGGCUACAUGCACGUCUUGCCGGACUCUUUCGACGAUCUCUCUUCUCACUGCCUGCCCGACCGCCCGUGGCACAAGUUCUCUUUUACCACCUUCGUCGCGAUGCUCUCGGCCUUGUUCACGUUAAGCGUGGAUUCCCUCGCGAUGUCCUUUCGUGGUAUGAGGAAGGCCUGCUGUGGGCCGCCUGAGCUUGGAGAUCAGGAGAAAGAGACCAGUACUGCGGUGGUGCCCGUCGCUCAUGGCCAUGGGAACGGCGCUGUCGUGCCAUCUGAGAAGGAUGGAGUGGACUCCGUGUUGCAGAGGAACCGCGUCAUCGCCCAGGCUAGAAACGAUAUAUCCAUUCUAGUCUUGUUUUCCUCUUCUUUUAUCGUAAUAUUGCUAAGUCGUACUAUAUAUGAUGUUGUGGUGCAGGUACUGGAGUUUGGAAUUGUGGUGCACUCGGUGGUGAUAGGCCUAUCAAUGGGUGCAUCUGAGAACCCUUGCACCAUUAGGCCUCUAGUGGCUGCCCUUUGUUUCCACCAGAUGUUUGAAGGCAUGGGCCUCGGCGGUUGCAUUCUCCAGGCGGAGUAUAAGUUGAAGAUGAAAGCCAUACUGGUCUUCUUCUUUGCCACAACGACACCAUUUGGAAUUGCACUCGGGAUUGCACUCACAAACGUUUACAGGGAGAACAGCCCGACGGCUCUCAUUGUGGUUGGGUUAUUGAAUGCGUGUUCAGCCGGGCUUUUGAACUACAUGGCAUUGGUAGAUCUCUUGUCGGUGGAUUUCAUGGGGCCUAAGCUGCAGAGCAGCGUUAAGCUUCAGAUGUGCGCUUAUGCAGCAGUGCUUUUGGGAGCUGGUGGCAUGUCUGUCAUGGCGAUUUGGGCUUGAAGUAGCAGGACCGUUGUCUUGGUUUGAGUUUCUGAGAGCAUCAGAACUCAUCACAAGCUUCUGCAAUGGAGUCAAAAGUGGAUUAUACCAAGGCUAUAUCCCUUCGAGGUUUCAACUGGAUGUGGUAUAUGAAUUUCCAUACUUAUUGUAAGGAUGAUGGCUCAUUUAGCCAAAAUUUUGUUUUUGGGGCUCUAUAUAUUUUUCAUAUCUUUUCUAGAAAU